AUGUCGUCCUCAUCGAGCUCCGCUAAGUCGGCUUUCUAUCUGAUGAUGAAGCGUGCCCGCGAGGCGCAAGACCCUCCUGAGGUUGCAAAGCGCCUAAAAACAGGGAAAGGUCCUACCGUCUUGAGCGGUGGCUUACCCUCUGAUAUUGCCGACUCUAAGUCUGGGGAGCCGGGGCAUUCGGAAGGACAAAAUUCACCCAAUCGCGGUAAUUUUGCUGAGCUGAUGAAGCUCACCAGCACUUUUGAUCCAACCACUGCAUCUAGGUUGGCCGAGGGUCCUCGCAACGCCCUGUAUACAAGCCCACAAAUCCAGAAUGGUCUGGUCAAGACCAUGGGCGACUUGAUUAUCAAGCUCAUUGUUGACGAAAUUGGGGAGCGACCAUACUGCGUCCUGGGGGAUGAAACUAGAGAUGAAUCGGGUACAGAGCAGCUCGCUCUCUGUGUGCGGUACUGCAAGCCCCAAAAAGUUGGUGAGCCUUUUGUUGUCCAGGAAUCAUUUCUGGGGUUCGUGGGUUUGGAGGAUUCAGACGCUGAGGCCAUAGCCGGCGCUAUGCUGCAGCGGUUGGAUACUGUUGGUAUCGAUCCGUCGAAAUGCACAUCCUAG